GAAGGGAAGAAGGAUGAUAGGAUUGGACAUUGGUAUACAUAUAUUCCUCAAUCCUCAUGGUCUCAAAUUUGCCAUAGAGAGAAUAGUGAGUGACUCUUGAGUUCCUGUAAAUGGUCACUUCUCAGUUCUCAUUUGAGUUUUUCAACACAAUAGUAACAUUGCUCUAAAAUCUAAAUCUUAUGGCGUCGAUCACUGCCCCGAGUUCUCUUCAGAUUCGAUUAGCUUUCAGUGCUUCCAAUUCCACUAAAUUCCCAAUCCUCCUCCACUCACGCCUCCCCCACUCCGAUCGCCGCCUUCGUUUUCUCUGCGUUGCAAAUAACGGAAACGGGUCGGACACUCCUCCCAUUCGGGUCGGGUCGAAUGACCGCUCCGAUUCCGAGGUUAAGAACAAUGUAUCGUAUGGAGGAGCUGUGGGAGUGGGGGUGGCUGGAAUCUUUCUUCUUUCAGGGCUUGUUUUUGCUGCCUUGUUUGUCAGCAGACGAAACAGUGCCAGACAAACGAAGCCCUUGACUAUACAUCAGGAAGCGGUUUUAUUGUCUGAUGAUUGUACUGACAGAAUAGAAUAUGUAAAAGCUGGCAACAUGGAGCAAGGAAAUGGUAAUGUGGAAGGUCGGAUAGAUAUAUCCAGGGAUUGUUCGUCUCCCAAGUCAGAUAAGAUUCCCAAUUGCCAUAGAAUCGUUGAUGAUUCUGAUGGAGGAUUUCAGUUGGUACAUGAUAUUCAUAACGUGGACAAUGAUACCAAUACCAGUACACACAUAUCCAUUCAAGAAGAAUUGCACCAUGGAUCAGAUGUUGAUGCUGAGUCAGUUGUUCCCAGUGAGGGUGGAAUGACACUGAAUGAUUCUGGAUUGGAAAAACCAGUUGAUUCUUUGGAUAGUUAUGGAUUUAGAGAUUUUGAUAGUAGCACUGUUGUAGAUACAGAAUACUCUAUUACUGAACUUAAGGAGAACCCAUCCUUUGUUGAACAAAGAAAUGUGUCCAACUUUGAUGCUGACCCCCUACCUGCUAUAAGUGAGCAGCAGGAUGAAAUUCCUGGUUCAAGUGGCAGUAGAAGUUCAAAUAUUUCUAAUGCUUCUAGUUUUGUUGCCGAUAAUGAAAGUGUACUUGUCAAUAUUGCUGUCAGUAAUCAGUCAAAUAAAACAACUUCAGAUCCUGAAGAUGCAGAAGAGAAUGCUCCAUCAUUUUCAACCAAAGAAAAUCUUGACCUGAACAACAUGCCACAGGUCAUAGACAAGUUGUCCUUGGAGGAGCAGAACUUUUCAGAAAAUGACCUCUUUACAAAAUCAUUUGUCUCAUCAACCAAUAACUUUAUUGACGAACAGAUUACAAAUGAUAAUAAUGAGGUUAAUAAAUGUAGAUCUGAAUCUCCAAAUUCUGGAGCCUUUUACUCUGCACCUGGUAUUCCUGCUCCAUCAGCAGUUUCUGCAGCUGUAAAGGUGCUUCCUGGAAAGGUUUUGGUUCCUGGAGUUGUCGAUCAAGUUCAGGGACAAGCAUUAGCUGCUUUGCAAGCUAUAAGGGUCAUUGAACCUGAAGUUCAACCCAGUGAUUUAUGCACACGCCGUGAGUAUGCUCGAUGGUUAGUGGCUGCUAGUAGUGCUCUAUCGAGGAAAACAAUCUCAAAGGUAUAUCCUGCCAUGUACAUAGACAAUGUUACUGAGCUUGCAUUUGAUGAUAUCACCCCUGAGGACCCUGAUUUUUCUUCCAUUCAAGGUGUGGCAGAAGCUGGACUUAUCGAAAGCAGGCUUUCAAGACGUUUUAGACAGUUGUCUACAGACAAAGACUAUGGCCCAUUUUACUUCUCCCCUGAAAGCCCUUUAUCACGUCAGGAUCUUGUUAGUUGGAAAAUGGUUCUAGAGAAUAGACAGCUUCCGGAAGCAGAUAGAAAGAUGCUGUACCAACUUUCUGGUUUUAUAGACGCCGAUAAGAUACACUCUGAUGCAUGCCCUGCAAUUGUAGCUGAUGUAUCUGCUGGGGAUCAUGGAAUAAUAGCUCUUGCAUUUGGUUAUACACGAUUGUUCCAACCGCAUAAACCAGUAACCAAGGCCCAAGCUGCUAUAGCCCUUGCUGCUAGAGAUGCUUUUGACGUAAUUAAUGAAGAGCUUGCACGCAUUGAGGCAGAAACUUUGGCUGAAAACGCUGUUGCUUCUCAUAGUGCUUUAGUAGCUCAAAUUGAGAAGGACAUCAAUGCAAGUUUUGAAGAGAAGCUUUCCAUAGAGAGGGAGAAGAUCAAUGCUGUUGAAAGAAUGGCUGAGGAGGCAAUAUGUGAGUUGGAAAGGUUGAGAGCUGAGAGAGAAGAAGAUAUAAUUUCCUUGAUAAAGGAACGAGCUGCCAUUGAAACGCAAAGGGAUGUUUUUUCUAGUUUAAGACAUGAGGCGGAGGACCAACUACAAAACCUUAUUGGUAACAGGGUAGAAAUAGCUUAUGAAAAAGAGAGGAUUAGCAAGCUUCGGGAGCUAGCAGAAGUUGAAAACAAGGAUAUUACACGAUUACAGUAUGAGCUAGAGAUUGAACGAAAAGCCUUGUCAAUGGUCAGGGCAUGGACAGAGGACGAGGCCAAACGAGUCAGGGAACAUGUAGUGGCCUUGGACAGGGCUAGAGAUCGUUGGGAGAGGAAUGAAAUCAAAGUGGUAGUUGAUGAUGAUAUCUGUGAGGACUCUGCCGAGGAGCCGUUAUCGGUUCAAGACACGGUUGACAGUGCUGACAACUUAGUGGACAAGCUAAAAGAAAUGGCAGCAGAUGUGAGGGGAAGAUCUAGAGAUAUGAUUGACAAGAUUAUCCACAUAAUUUCUCACAUCGUAACAAGAUUGAGAGAAUGGGCAUGCAAAACUAGAAAACAAACUGAAGAAUUGAGAGAAGCUGCCAUCUCAAAGGCAAGUAAGUCAGCUCAUGAGGUGCAGCAAAGUGCCUUUGAUCUUGGAUUUGCCAUCAAAGAAGGGGCAAAGCGAGUUGCAGAUGACUGUAGAGAAGGAGUUGAGAAGCUCACUCAAAAGUUCAAGACCUGAUCUCUCCCUCUCUCCCUUUUUAAGUGCUGUCAUGUUCAGCGAAUUUUGGUAUACAUCAUACUCGUGUGAACCAUGUCAUUUUUGUAUAAUUAGGAAUUGUGGCGUUGUAAUAACCAGUUGUAAUUAAACUUGUUA